CUGGUCUGACAGGUUUUAGUCUUGUUCCCAGGGACUUGCUGAGUUUCUAGAUCUCUCCGCUGUUUGUUUGUUAGUUGUUGUCAUAUGAUCUGCUGUAUCAGGAUUACUCCUUUAUCUCCUCUGUAAGCUCAUCUUCAUGAACACAAGAGCAGGUGUGUAGUGAGUGUGGAGAGAGAAGUGUCGGGUUCAUCAAGGUAGAGGCGUUCAGCUGUUAAAGUGGCGAGAGGUAUGAGAACUGAACAUGGACUCUGUCUGAAGCGCUUUCUAUCGGACUCAAUCCUGAUGAUCUAACAGACGCGUGAUGCUGUGCUUUCUGCUCCUGACGCUUCACUGGAUGACCGUCACUGAAGCGCUGCAGUCGUCCAAGGAAGAUGGCAAAAGGCCGUAUAUUUACCGCUGCCGCUCGCCCAACAUGGAGAUCUUCACCUGCUGGUGGCAUCCGAUCGCUAAUCAGGACAACGUCACCUACACGCUCCUGUACACCAUGGGUGAGCGUGCUCCUCAGGAGUGUCCUGAUUACGUGAGCGGCGGCAUCAACAGCUGCUUCUUUGAUGCCAAACACACUCAGGUCUGGGAGAUGUACUGCAUGAACGUGACGGCACACACACACACGGGGCCCAUCACCUCUCGGAAACACUGCCUGGACGUGGUCGAGAUAGUGGAGACCGACCCUCCCUUUAACCUGACGUAUAUCAUGCUGAACGAGAGCAUCGGUGAAGUCGGCCACAAUGUUUUAGUGUCCUGGCUGCAUCCGAUUGAGUCUCUGGUUCAUGAGCAACUGAUGAUGCUGGUCUACGAGCUGCGCUACAGAAACCUCGCUCAGCCAGACAACUGGAGGGUAAUGGAGCGUUUGCGCGAGCCUCAUGUGGAGUUUUUGGAUCUGCCGGUGGGAAGGUAUGAGUUAAGUGUGCGCUGCCGCACCACCAGCAACAAACACUGGAGUGUAUGGAGUGAGUCCAUCAUCGUCACCAUCAACGGCAGAGCUCUGUCCGAUCAAAUGUUAGCCUUGAUCCUUGUGACCAGCCUCACCAUCAUGAUCUUCAUCAUCUUCACUUUGGGGAACAUCCCACGAGGCAAGAGCAGGAUUAAAUCAUUCUUCCUGCCAGCGAUUCCCAAACCGUGCAUCCCAGGACUUGAACCCGCUCUGCUGAAGAAGGGGAAUAUUGACGAGAUCAAUCAGCAUUUCUCCAGUUUUCACUGCUACAAGUCGCCACAGUACUGCACGGAAACGUGGUACCAGGUAAACGUGGACACGAGUCCAGCUGUGACACCCAGUGUCCAGUCUGACGGUAUACAGGACGAAGUGCUGAUCAAGACAAUCACACCGAUUGUGCCGAUCGGGCCAAUCACACAGUACGUCACCUGCCCUGAUGGACAACAGUCUGUUCAGACUAACAGCACUCCUGCACCUUACUGCCACGGCUCCACCCCCUACUGUGAGGAAGACACGCCCCCUGCAGACCCUGGCCCUGCCCACCCAGUGCUCAUGUCUGUCCCAGGCAUGGACUACAGCAUGAUUCUAAGCCCCGUCCCCUACUGUGAGGAAGAUACGCCCCCUCCAGACCUUGGCCCCGCCCAACCAGAGCUCACGUCUGUCCCAGGCAUGGACUACAGCAUGAUCCUAAGCCCCGCCCCCGUGGCGCCGCCCACUCAAGACUUCUACAUGUGUGUGAAUGGCGUGACGCCCGCCGGCACACUACAUCUGGUGCCCUACCUGCAGCUCAACGAGGGAGCGGACUACGAAGCAGACAAGAACAGCCAGCUGGCAGCGCUGCUGGAGAAGCAGAUGGAGGCGCUGUUGAGCACGAUAGAGUCGAACCCAAGCGAAGCUGUCAUGCCUUCACAACCUCAUUCACCAGACAGUAGCUGCAGAAGCAUCUAAUAACACACACACGCAGCAUAUUAGGAGCCGUGCAGCAGGUGUUUAAGCGCUAAGUCUAGUUUAGCAGUGCUGCUCCUGCUUGAUUAAAGUGACAACGCAAUAAUAUGAACAUGAUUUUAAUCUGAUUCAUUGAGUUUAGUUUGGAAAAAUGUGUAGAUUUCAUAUUAUAGAAACUCAAGUAAUUUAUUUACCUACCAGUCAGAUGAAUUUUUCUUCUUCAUGUAAAUAAGAUUUCACAGGCAGUUAAUGACGUGUGAGAGAGAUUAUCGUGUACAGAAGAUCAGAUCACAGAUUUCAUGGACAGAGCAGAAUGCCAGGUCAGACUAGAAAUAACUGAAAUGAGUAAAACACGUUUCUUUAAUGGACAGAUGGAAGAAUAGAGAGAUAAAGGGUCACUGCUUGAGAUCUCAGCAGGAAUCCAGUCACUUCUUAUCCAUGACCAGCACAUUUCAACUAAACUUCCUUCGAGUCUCGUCAGGAUAAACAUUUACUCUAAGUACUAGAAACUCUUUUGUAACACGGGUAUAUGGUUUGCUCGUUGAGUGAGUGAUGAUGUAAUGUAUGUACAUCUAUGAUGAUGAUGAUGAUGAGCCACACAACACAGUCCCAUUGAUGCAUCCUAGUUUAUACACUGAUCCUCAAACAUACGACAGUAAAGAAAGCGAAACAUUCACUGUGUUUAUAAGCAGUGUCACUGACGAGCUAAACUCAGUAGUUUGCUUAGUAGUUCAUGUUUUUUUAAUGAAAGACUCUGGAGUUUCUUUUUAAAGCAUAAGACACAAACCCCAAUAUGUUUUAGUAGGUUGAACUACUAUAAUGUUUCACAACAUUAAAAGUUGUUUGUUUGGACCACGUUAAAUGUUUGAGUGGCAGUUUAACUGAUGUGUUUGCAAAUGUGCCUUUUGACAAUUUUUUGUGUAAUGUUUAUUACUAGAAUGUAAAAUCAGAUGAAUCAGGGUUUUAAUAAUGUUCGAUACAUUCAUGAUACAUUACUCUGUUUUGUACCGCAUUCACAAAGAGUGCCGUUUAAAACACUACGGAAGAUUAGAAAAACAUUUCAUGGUCAAAAAAUGGCUGCUUUAUUUUUAUGUGUUUGUUCUUGGCUACGUAGAAGUGUCUUAUAACAGUGUCCCAGAGAGAAAAAGAUAAUGGUACUGUAACGUGAACCUGUGUGUGUGUGUGUGUGUGUGUGUGUGCACAGUCUUGUUUGUGCGCCUUAGAGAGACUGAAGCACUGUUAUUUAUUCAUAACUGUUUCUCAGACUCAUUUUAGUGUCAGUUCAUGUUUUCCUCUUGAUUUUCCUGAGGGAUUAUUUGUCUUUGGGGUGUAUUGUCAUUGAUACGGAGGCAUGGGGAUCCAUCUGCAAAGCUUUAUUCAAAGACAUGGUCAACACAGGCAAGGGUCGGACAAUGGAAAACAGGUACACUGAGGGCAAGACCAAAGAGUAGUCCAGUAAACAGGUGUGGGUCGAUACAAAGGGCAAGGCAAACAGAUAAUCCUCAGACAAUAGUCCCGGCGAGGUAUAAACUAUGUCUGAGAAGGCAAUAUAAAGGGUGAUCCGGGGCAGGUAGCAAACAGACAAAACGAGGAGACAGGCUAAAAUACAAAGCUAGGGUAAACAGACUAGAUAAAGGCGAGGCAAAGAACAAGAGUAGGAACUAGCCAAAUUUGGAAUGACUAUAACAUUGCUAUCACUGACAGUGAUACACGCAAACAAUACUCUUCCCUGAACUGUGGUUAGAGCCUGGUAUAGGGAAGGUGACGGUGACAUCACGCCGCGUUGCAUUAUGGGUCCUCCGCCAUAUUUGCAGGAUCGCGCCCUAUACCGAUGUAUUUGAAUUUGUGUGUUGGAGGCUGUGUUUGGAUUUUCAGUCGAGAUUUUGAUAAACAUCGAUAUGGUUGGUCAGUACUGCUUGAUCAAGAACUGCCAUAGCAGGUCACAUGAUCGUUCAGGGAGGAAACUGAACAAAGGAAUACGUUAUUUCAGCUUUCCUUCCUGUAAAAAACAUCCCUGCAUCAGCGAGAGUGUGUUCGCUGCAUUUUCAGUCAGGACAGCCAGCAUUUGAAAUGCUGGACACUCAUCCUGACUGGGCACCAUCUUUGCUUCUGGGCCACAAUGAAGUGAAAGUGAUGAAUAAAGAGAGGUCUGCACGUUAGUUAAGAAGACACCUCAAACAUCAGGUAAUUAGCAAGAGGCCAGGAGAGGAAGGGGAGGAGAAAGAACAAGAAGAAAGCACGGAGGAGGUGGCCCAAGACGCAGAGGAAGAUGUUUGUGCGUCAGUAUGCCACGCCAGUUUGCGGAGAUAUUUGGAAAUCGUGUUGCUGCCAUUGUGGACUGCUUUGAAAUUUUUAUAGAAAGACCAUCCAAUCUUCAGGCAAGAGCACAAACAUUUUCAAAUUACAAACACAGGCAUACACUGAAAUACCUCAUCGGCAUUACUGCACAAGGAGUAGUUUCUUUCAUCUCCAAAGGGUGGGGUGGGCGGACAAGUGACAAACGAAUAACAGAGGACAGUGGUUUUCUACAUAAAGGAGAGUGUGGGACUGAUGUGUGCUGAUGUGAAAAUACCAGCGUUCACAAAGGCUCGUCAUCAAUUGGAUGCAAAAGAUGUGGAGGAAACAAGAUCCAUUGCUCAUCUCAGAAUACACGUGGAAAGAGUUAAUGGUCAAGUUCGGAAUAAAUACAAAAUUUUGUCUUCUAAAAUUCCCAUAAAUAUGGUUCUGCCAUGUGAGGGUGAGACUGUGGUUUUCUUGGACAAAGUUGUCACAGUCUGCUGUGCUCUUACAAACAUGUGUUGUGCAGUGAUUGCUAAAUCAACUGGUUUGUAAAAACGUUUGAUAAAAGUUGUACAAAGCAAGAGGUGUUGUGUAUUGUAUAUUCCUUGAUGAUUUGUAGGAUAAUUGAUGAAUGAUGUUGAAUUUGUGGUUUAUGUUAGCAGAUGAUAAAGACAGGCCACAUUGCAUGAAUCAAAAAUUAUUUAUUUUGUUUUCAAUGAACAAUUUGCUUUGAUAUUCUGUACAUAUUUUUACAUGCCUUUUUAAAAUGUUUGUGACUCAAGUUUUUAUAUAACUGCUUAAUAAAUACAUUAGGUGAC